AUGGCUCACGAGCCGCGAAAGCCGGACCUCGAUCCCGACGAUGCACGACGGGAGCUGGCGAAGGCGCUGUCGGAUCUGAAGGACCAAGAGGCGCGGAACGAGGCUUCUGAAAAGGAUAGCGAAGAAGCAAUACACACCGCGCAGGCAGAGGCUUCGCUCAGAGGGAGAUCCGAGCGCUCUCUGAAGAAAGAAAGGGCCAGGGUCGCGGAGCUGGAAAGUCAGAACCGGGAGCUCCUCGCCCGCCUCCGGGAAUACGAGAACAUACUCGCCGCCAGCCAGGAGAAGGGGAAGGAAACCACGGCCCUCCUUGCCACGCGUACCGCCGAUCUCCGCGCUGCCGAGGCAUUCCUCAACAAGGCGGACGGCGUCGCCGACAGCGAUGUCCUCGGCCUUGUCACCAUUCUCAACACCCACGUACACCAGACGGCAUGUUCCAUCACCGACGCGUUCCUGGACCGCCGUGGAGGAAGGAAUUGGAAGAAGGAUGUGGCGGACUCGGCGUGCGAGAGUCUGGAGACGCUUGGACUGCUCCCAAACGCGUUCCUCAAGGCAUUGCGCACCGGUGCCCCCGACAGCGUCUCCGUCCUCCUCCAGGUGGGGAUACAGGGUGUCAUGGUAGCAUACGCACAUAGGCUCUGCUCUUCCUGGGACCUAGUGUCUGGACACCGGAGCCGGUACGACCGCGAGACGUCUGGAUACACCUGGCGCCAGUACGACUGCGAGACUGUGCACAAGAGUAUCAGAGCGCACGAGCUUCAACCAGUCGCCGGACGGUGGCGCGCACUCUACCAGAGCCAUUCCCGGACCCUGCAGGAGGCCGACAGACACUUCCACUUCAAGAUGGAGAGCAAGCUUGCGAGGCGCGUUGCGAUGGUGCUAUGCGCGGGUGGAGUUCCAAAUACUGUUGGGAACAUCGACCAGGAUUUGCUCCGCACACACGGCCACGCCCUGGGUGACGUCGUACGGGCCGCGCUAGAGUUCCGACAGGUGGCAAAGGAGAAAGUGAUAUCGCGCGAGUUCGCGGUGGAAACGAUCCGUACCGGCAAGUCCUUUGACCCUGAGCGGAUGGAAGACGAGUGGGCCGAUCCACGAGCGGGGAAGAAGAAGGAGAUGGGUGUUCGCCGCACUGUGCUUUGCUGUGCGGGGUUGGGGUUGUCGCGCGAAGAGACUCUUGAGAGCGGGGUACAGCGAUCCGUACAUGGAAGCAAACGUCGGGUGGUGACGCUCUUGAAGCCUAGUGUGGUUUUGGAUUCCAUGUUUGCAGAGUUGUAG